AUGGAGAUCCUGCUAGGCGUCAGCUUCAUCAUGCAACUCGUGCUCACCUUCUCCGCCGGGUUCCGUUGGCGCGGGGCCUCCGACUCUUUGCGGUGCGUCAUCUGGCUGUUCUACGUGGGCGCCGACUUCGUGGCGACGACCGCCCUCGGCCACCUCUCCGUCAGCGGCACCUCCGGCGAGCGGCGGCUCGUCGCGUUCUGGGCGCCCUUCUUCCUGCUGCACCUCGGCGGCCCCGACAGCAUCACCCUCGUCCUGCGGGUGGCGGGAGCCCUGUAUGUCGUCUACAAGUCCAUCUCCGGGAGCUGGGCCUUGGUCCCGGCGGCCUGGCUUAUGCUUCUCACCGGCGUGGCCAAGUACGUGGAGAAGACGUUGGCGCUACACCGUGCAAACUUGGCCAACGUCCGGGGUUCCCUCGAGAGCCAGCAGCGGCGGCGCCGGCGCGCAAAAGGCGGCCGCCGCCGUUCCCCCAAGCCUGCGGUUUCUCGUGGAGACGGCGACGGCGACCUCAUAAUGCGUGCUCACUACCUGUUCCAUAUCUGCAAACACGCCAUUGUGGAUUCUUCCGUGGAGACGGAGUCGGACACAACUGACGCUGCUCACACCAAAGAGAUCCUCUUCCAGCUCGAUUGGAAGAACCUGUGCAAGGUGAUGGAGAUGGAGCUCUCACUCAUGUACGAUUUCCUCUACACCAAGGCCCCGGUGAUCCACACGUGGCACGGCUACUGCAUCCGGGCCGUGUCACCGCUUGUCACUGCGGCCGCACUACUUCUGGUUGAGUUCAGCAACAAAGCCAGGCGCCACAAGCAGUCGGACGUCGUGAUCACCCGCGCCCUGCUGGUCGCCACCUUUCUCUUGGAGACAGCGUCGCUGCUCAGGGCUCUAGGGUCUUCCUGGACCGGCUUUUUGUUGCACCAUAGGCUGCCGCAGGGUUGGAUUCGCCAUGAAGCCUUCUGUGCUAGCCGGUGGUCUCAGUUCCAUGGUUCGGUCGCAUAUCUUGGUAAGCUCGCCAAGGUGCAAGCUCACCGGAGUUGGUCGGGCAACAUGGGGCAGCUCAACAUGCUGCAGCUCAUCACCCGUGAGCAACCGGCAAAGGAGCAAGAGUUUGGGGGUAAUGUAGAGCCCUACGCAAGGACCCUUGUGAUCCCACCGGAAGUCAAGGAGUUGGUGUUCAGGCGUUUGCGGGAGAAGGUGGUAGAACUCAGGGGCGAAUUGAAAAAGGAUGUGGGUGAUACAAGGGGAGCAGCGCUGGAGUUCGUGAAGAUAGCAAAACAAUUCAGGACGAAGAGGGGUCAUCAGGUCCUGAUGAAACACAAGGAUUUGUCCGACCUCCGUUGGAGCCUUGGCGAUGAACUCCAACUGGGCAUCCUCAUCUGGCACAUCGCCACCGACAUAUACCUCCUCAAGUCCGGUAAGUACAAGGCUCAAAAAGGCUCCAGGGCAGCACGGUAUGCUAAUGCGAUUACGACGCUGUCCAACUACAUGAUGUAUCUCCUCGCGGUGCGCCUCGACAUGCUGCCAGGCCUGGUUACGCGCAAGCUGUUCGAACUGACCUGCGAGGAUUUGGCUCGAUUUUGGUCCAAGCAUGGGGCUGUGGCCACCGACCUGCAGUCUUCAUCUUUCAGCUUCUGCAAUAAUGUUAGGAUAUUGUUCAAGCUGCACAAUGAUCGGCGAAUGUCCAGCGGCAGCCUGGAACGGAAGGAGGGGCUUGUCAACAUCCUAUACAAAGAUUGGGACUCUGGCGCCACCUUCAACCCGUAUCUCUUCAAAGGACUUCUACUAGCCGAGAAACUGAUCCACCGGGAAACAUCGGGUAAGGUGAAAGUGGACAUGCUGCAAUUCAUCCUCGAGGUGUGGGUGGACAUGCUCUUCUACGCGAGCUACCGUUGCAACAAGGAGUCCCAUGCAAAGCAGCUGAGCCAUGGCGGCGAGUUGACAACCAUCGUGUGGCUCAUGGCUGAACAUAUCGGCCUGUUUGUUGCCAGGAAAACCAGCAAGGCUGAAUGGAAAGCCCGAAAAAUGGCAAAUAAUAUGCAUCCUGUAUGA